GGUGAUUUUGGUCUCUCACGGCUGAAAUAUGCAACAUUCCUAACAAGUACCGGAAAUUGAACGUGGAUGGCUCCAGAGGUUAUCCGUAAUGAGCCAGCAGAUGAGAAGUCAGAUGUAUAUAGCUUUGGAGUUGUUCUAUGGGAGCUUGCCACACUAAAAAUCCCUUGGAAUGACCUGAACCCAAAGCAGGUGAUUGCCGCUGUAGGAUUCAUGAACCAACGAAAUGAGAUACCAAAAGACACUGACCCACUCUGGGCAUCUCUAAUCGAGAGUUGCUGGCACAGGACAAGUAAUGGAUAUUUAUUCUAUGACCCAAGGUCGAAUAUGAGAACCAUGCUAAGAAGAGAACAGAUUGAAGCACUCAAACAACAAAAUGCCUCUUCUUCAGCCUUUGCCGAUGCCUAAUUGGAAGCACAAGAAAGAAAUGCUUUCUUAGUAAUUCUUAAUACUACAUUACUUACGACUGUAAAUAUUGUAUUGAAUGGACUGAACUCUACUUUGGUUUGUAAACGC